AUUUUUUAAUAAAUAUGGAUAAAGGUUAUUUAUUAUCAAAUAAAGUUGGUUUUAUUGGUGGUGGAAAUAUGGCAAGUGCUAUUGGUGCUGGCUUAAUUCGUAAAGGUAUUUUAAAUCCAGAUAAUGUUUGGGUUUCUGCUCGUACAAAUAAAACUUUAGGCUUUUGGAAUGAUCUUGGUGCUCAUGCUACAUUAAAAAAUGGAGAAGUAGUAGAUAAUUGUGAUAUCAUAUUCUUAGCAAUGAAACCCCAUAUGUUUGAUGAUGCACUUAAGGGUAUUAAAGAAACGAUGACAAGCAAAGCUUCACAUAUACUUUUUGUUUCAGUUCUUGUAGGAGUUACAUUAGAUUGUUUAGCUAAUAAACUUAAAUCUAUUGUUACAUAUCCCAGAAUAAUUAGAUGUAUGCCUAAUACUCCUAUGAUGGUUGGAGAAGGAAUAACAGUAUAUUGUUCUAUGAAUACAACAAAUCAAGAUGAAACUAUGAUAGAAAAAUUAUUUUCAUAUAUUGGUGUAAUUGAAAAUGUUCCUGAAUCUCUUAUGAAUGCUAUAGGUGGUCUUUCAGGAUCUGGUCCUGCUUAUGCAUAUCUUGUUAUAGAAGCAUUAGCAGAUGGUGCUGUGAAGAUGGGUGUUCCAAGACCAAUGGCAACAAAAUUUGCAGCUCAAGUAUUAGUUGGAGCUGGUAAAAUGGUAUUAGAAACAGGUAGACAUCCUGGUCAAUUAAAAGAUGAAGUAUGUUCUCCAGGAGGUACAACUAUUACAGGAGUACAUGCUAUGGAAUGUGGACAAGUUAGAGCUUCUAUGAUGAAUGCAGUUGAAGCUGCAGUAAGAAAAUCAAAUGAAUUAACAUCUAAUAUAAAAUAAAAAAAUUGUAAAAUAUAAAUAUAAUAAUAAUAUAAUAUAAAUAUAAUAUAAAAAUAUGUAAUAUAAUUCGUAUUUUUAUAAAUUUCUUUAUUUUUAACAAAUUA